UGUUUUAUAUUGAGCAUGGUCUAAUUUUAGAUGAUCACUAUAUGCAUAUUUUACCUAUUUUUUCCCCUUUCUUUCUUCUACCUCAUUGUCCUCACUCCUCAAAGGCGUUUCAUCAAGCUGUUGCAACCAAAAGCCCUAUAUCACGCUUUUCCUUCCUCUGCUUACAUCGCAAAAGGUGCUACACCCUCGAGAAUUUUCAUCAAGUUGAAGCCUUUCCCAGUUCUGAUCGCAUGGCACAAUCAAUUUUCAUCUGGGUCUCAUCGUGAUUGCUCAAAGCUCGCUGAUUUAGUCCUCUAGGGUUGCAGUUUUAUCUGUACUGUUUCUUUGUUCCUAUUUUGCAAUGAAAUUGUUCUGGGUCGCUUUGUAAUUGCUUACCCUUUUGUUCUUUCAUGAUUUAAUGCUCAAAGUUCAUAGCUUUGAACGGUUUCAAUCAAUCAACAAUGAUCAUCGCUUAGUUAUAGUUUUUUUUUUCUUUCUUCCUUUUCUGUUUCAUCUUAUUUUUAUUUGAGUUUAUUGGGAAAAAAAAGUGAAGAAUCAUCAUAAACUGAUAAUUCUCAAAAAAGAGAUCAUACUGGUACUAAAAUUAGAAAAAAAAAAGGAAAAAAAAAAGUGUAUCAAUUGUUUGUUAUGGCUAUCCCUGGAUUGAGCAAUCAAAAUAGUGGGCAGCAAAGAUUAGGCAUAACUGAGCCUAUUUCAUUGGCUGGACCAACUGAGUGUGAUGUGAUCAAGACCCGCGGACUCGAGAAGUACUUGCAAGGUGCUGGAUUGUAUGAGAGUCAGCAGGAGGCUGUGGGUAGGGAGGAAGUUCUUGGCAGGCUAGACCAGAUUGUGAAGAAUUGGAUUAAGAUUGUUAGCCGUGCCAAGGGAUUCAAUGAACAACUAGUGCAAGAAGCAAAUGCAAAGAUUUUCACCUUUGGCUCCUAUAGGCUUGGGGUGCAUGGCCCUGGAGCUGAUAUUGAUACUCUUUGUGUGGGACCUAGACAUGCAACCAGACAUGAAGAUUUCUUUGGUGAGCUAGGUAAGAUGCUAUUCGAGUCGCAGGAAGUAACAGAAUUUCACCCUGUGCCUGAUGCACAUGUCCCUGUGAUGAAAUUCAAAUUCAAUGGAGUUUCUGUAGAUCUCCUUUAUGCAAGAUUGUCAUUGUGGGUUAUUCCUGAAGACUUAGAUAUAUCACAGGAAUCAGUAUUACAAAAUGUAGAUGAACAAACUGUUCUCAGUCUUAAUGGUUGCAGAGUAACUGAUCAAGUCCUGCGUCUAGUCCCAAAUAUUCAGAAUUUUCGCACAACAUUGAGAUGCAUGAGAUUUUGGGCAAAGCGUCGUGGUGUUUAUUCAAAUGUUGCGGGUUUUCUUGGUGGUAUAAACCUGGCAUUGCUUGUUGCUCGAAUAUGCCAGCUAUAUCCUAACGCACUGCCUAAUAUGUUAGUGUCUCGAUUCUUUAGGGUAUAUACUCAAUGGCGAUGGCCAAACCCAGUCAUGCUUUGUGGUAUUGAAGAAGGAUCUCUUGGACUACAGAUUUGGGAUCCUAGAAGAAAUCCCAAGGAUAAAUUUCAUCUAAUGCCUAUAAUUACUCCUGCUUAUCCUUGCAUGAACUCUACUUACAAUGUGACAGCAAGUACACUGCGUAUUAUGUCAGAGGAGUUUCAGAGGGGAAGUGAAAUAUGUGAGGCUAUGGAGGGUAGCAAGGCUGAUUGGGAUUCUCUUUUUGAGCCAUAUCCCUUUUUUGAAUCUUACAAGAAUUAUCUACAGAUAGACAUUGCAGCAGAGAAUGCAGAUGAUCUUAGAUCAUGGAAAGGAUGGGUUGAGUCCCGUCUCCGCCAGUUGACAUUGAAGAUUGAGAGGCACACAUAUGGUGUUCUUCAGUGUCAUCCAUAUCCUGGUGAAUUUUCAGACAAAUCUAGACCUUUCCACUGCUGUUACUUUAUGGGUCUGCAGCGUAAGCAAGGUGUUCCAGUGAAUGAAGGUGAACAAUUUGACAUAAGGCUAACUGUUGAAGAAUUUAAGCUUGCUGUCAAUUCUUACAGUACUUGGAAACCUGGAAUGGAUAUCCAUGUCUCCCAUGUUAAGCGCCGUAAUAUACCAAGCUUCAUAUUUCCUGGUGGUGUCCGACCUUCCCUCCCAUCUAAUAGACAAAGUUCCAAAUUAAGGGAUUCUGGACUUGGUCAAGCAGAAAAGUCUCAAGGAGUUAAGGUUGACUUUGUAGCAAAUGAUAUGAAGAAGAGAAAGCGACCAGAGGAGAACUUGGAUAGUAAUAACUCGAGGAACUCAAUGUCCUUUGUAUCUUUACCUCCACCCAACGGCGAUGUUCACAAAGAUAUAACUCCUAUUAGCGCCUCUGGUUCUUGUUCUAUGAAAUUUGAUGACUCAGAAGUCAGCAGUAUAGGUGCCCCAAAAAGUGAGAAACCUUCUGGGAAAUCUAUAGGGGAGAUUCCUUCUGGGGAUAGUGAGACCAAUGGAUUGGUAACAGGCAACCAACAAGAAAACCCUAUACUUACUGCUCCUGAUACAUCUAAUUCUAAAGAAGAGGAAAAACUGGCCAUUGAGAAGAUCAUGUCCGGUCCCUAUGAUGGGCGUCAGGCCUUGGCAGAACCGGAUGAACUUGAAGAUGAUAAUAUGUAUCCAAAUCAAGUCAAAGAUCAUGCUGGGGACAUGAAAAGCAGCACUUGUGAUUCUUUAAACUCAAAGUCUGAAGUGGCAGAAGAGCCAGUUAUUUCUAAGGGAACCACAUGUUCACCUUAUCUAUGCUCUAAUGGGGGCCUGGAGGAGCUUGAGCCAGCUGAGUUGUCAGCACCAUUGUUAAGUGGUGUCAUCACUCCCGUACCACAGCGGAAGCCUCUUAUCAGGUUGAACUUCACCUCCUUAGGCAAAGCUGCUGCGGAUAAAAGUUCCUAGAGACUUGAAGGCUUAAGCAGCAGCUUGAAGAAACUGUAAAAUUGUCAUUUAUAGCUCUUUGUAACUUUUCUGUAACAAUUUUGAAGUAAUAAACCUGACCUAGAAACGACAUAAAUUUUUAUUUGAAUGUAAAUGAGAAUAUGUUGCCCCGGCAGAAUAAAAAUAGAUUCUUAUCAAUA